AUGUUGCCUCGAAUUCCGGCAUUCUUGUUGUCUAGUACGGCGUUUCUAUCAUUAAGUAAGUUUUAUUUGUUUUUAAGUUUUUCGAAUUACAGUGUCGCUACAAUGUUACAAUGUAGCUCUUGUAUAACAAACACCUCAAUAACAAAUUUUCCGUAUAACCAACAACUUGUAAAUCCUUGACUAACACAACACAGUGCAUUUAAAAAUCUUUUAUAUCAAAAUUCUUAUAUUAAGAACAUAAAUUCCUUUAGGGUGUUUUUUAUACAAGCGUUCUACUGUACUGUUAUAAAGUUUUUGUUCGAUUUUUUGAGAAUAUUGUUUUAAGACUAAAAUCACAAUAUAUUGCAACACACUCUUCUCUUAUCAUGACUCUUACUUGCUUAAACCUAUUCUUUCUGAUACUUUGCCUUAGGACAUAGUCUAACCAAGCCUACCCAAGUCUUAUUCUGGCCAUUUCUUUGUUCCAUUUUUUUAGAGUUUUUGCUUUAACCUCUACCCCCCUUCUCCUACUUUAGUCUUAUUUUUACUCUUGAUAUAUCCUAGUCCUACUUUAACCUAAGGUUUGUCUUAUUUUAAAUCUAGUUCUACCCCAGCUUUUUUUUUAAUUUAAAAGCCUGUAUACUAUAUUGAAAAAAAUAAAAACUAAAAACCCAUUACUUUCAGUACAAUACGUCAGUCCACAAGCCUUGAACGACCCAAUCACACAGUAUAUCGAGGGUCGAUUAGGAAAUCGUCGUAUCUUCUGGUGUCCAUCAGGCUAUGGUUACCUGGCCUAUUGUCCUCAACCCACAGACUGGGACAACUACAAUUGGUGCUGUACUUGGCCAUAUAUGGGCUCAUGGAAACCAUCGUGUUGUCCAUUUGCCAUACCAACAGGAGCUGUUGUUGCCAUCAUUAUUGGCAGUAUCGUGCUUGUUGGAAGUGGGUUUUUGAAGGUUUUUUGAAAUUUUGAAAUUAAAAAAAUUUGAAUUUUUUAAAAUUUUUAAAAUUUUAUCGUAUUUUAUGAUAUUUCAAACCGUAGUAGCCAUCAUAUACAUUAAUAUUAUCAUCUGCCAUUUCAGCCCUGAUCUUCCUCUCCUGUUGGUGCUGCUUCUGUUGUCCGUUGUAUAAGCAAUUGUACGAGUACGAAGACGAGGAGGAGAUUCAGAAUCCGAACGUGCCACAACAAAGAUUUGCCUAA